AUGGCGACUUCGAUGGGUCUUAUUCCAAAUCCUUUUGAGUUCGAGACCUUGCAAGAAAUGUACGGUCUAUCUCCGACUGAUGGGGUGGAGUUCUCGGGUUCUGGUGUCAUGAUCGCUUCACCUCCUUCCGGAAAGAUUUGCAUUUAUCUAAAUAAGAUUGACGUUGCCACAAAUAUACAUUCUCCGCUCGCUAUGGAGGUCACAACCUUGAUCCUGACAGCAAGACUCCGAAGAAUUAGCUGUGGAGGUGGUUAUGGGUUAAACAGGAGCUACUCAGUCAGAAGCACCACCGACGCGAUUAUCUUCUCAGACAUUAUCUCCCAAAACUGUUUCCCCACAAUCAAGACAAUGCCAACUUCUUGA